AUGAAGCAGACUGAGACACACACCAUCGACAUGAAGCAGACUGAGACACACACCGUCAACAUGAAGCAGACUGAGACACACACCAUCGAGAUGAAGCAGACUGAGACACACACCGUCAACAUGAAGCAGACUGAGACACACACCAUCGACAUGAAGCAGACUGAGACACACACCAUCGAGAUGAAGCAGACUGAGACACACACCAUCGAGAUGAAGCAGAGAGAGACACACACCAUCGACAUGAAGCAGACUGAGACACACACCAUCGAGAUGAAGCAGAGAGAGACACACACCGUCGACAUGAAGCAGACUGAGACACACACCAUCGAGAUGAAGCAGACUGAGACACACACCAUCGACAUGAAGCAGACUGAGACACACACCAUCGAGAUGAAGCAGACUGAGACACACACCAUCGAGAUGAAGCAGACUGAGACACACACCAUCGAGAUGAAGCAGACUGAGACACACACCAUCGAGAUGAAGCAGACUGAGGGACACCAAACUGGACCAAUCAGACUGCAGGGAUCCUAA